UCACAAUCGUUCGUUCCUGGCCAAUCCUUUGGGAUGGUGACGGCUAAUCUCUUCCAUAUAUCAAGAAUUGCGCGGGAGGAAUGAGCUGUUCAGUAUACAUCUGGAAAUGGAUACUGCCGGCGCGCCAAAUACGCCGCCGUCGAAGCUGAAGCUGACGCCAAUCGAAGCAACUCCGGAGACUUUCAAGGAAUUUGGGCAGGUGAUCGGGGUUUCGCCGGACGGUGAGAAGUUCGGACCUCAGGAUGCGCAGUUAGACCUCAGUCGAGGCAUUCCCAGGUUCUACAUUAUGCAUCUUGAAGACCAACCACUCAAGUUUUCUUCGAUUACACAUCAUGCAAGUGUGACCCAGUGCCUUGGUUCGAUUGGUGGCCAUGUUUGGUAUCUUGGAGUUGCUAAGCCAUCCAUCCUGGAGCCAGAUGAAAUUAACGGUGAUGCAGGCAUGAAUAUUGUGAAGUCACGCCGUGGUCACUUCUAUGUGCCUCCUGCUGUUGAGGAUGUGCGCAUUUUCAGAAUUUCAGGUCCUAAGUUUCUAAAACUGAAUCAUGGAACAUGGCAUGCUGGUCCUUUGUUUAAGGCUGAUACAAUGGACUUCUACAAUCUAGAACUCAGCGACACCAAUGUGAGCUUCUCUCAUCCUCUGUCUCCACUUUUUGUAAAUUUCAAAUUCCUUUGGUGCAUUUGCAAAGCUACUCUGGAAUUUAUUUCUGUCUUCACUCAAUGCAUCCUGUACAUCUGCUUCAUGACUUGUUAGACUUUGCGGUAUUUAUUUAUAAUUUCUCCCGAAAAAUAAAAACAACUCAGUGGUAAAUGUCAGCUUAACAAAGCUUUUCAUUCCAGCUAUUUAGGCAUUGAAUAAAUGAAUCUUAGCAAUUUAGCUCUAUCCGAGGUCAUGUUCUCCUAUAGAAUGUGUCAUCACACCUUUCUCACCUCCUCAACCCCACUCUUUUUUGGUUCACUUCUUAUCCUUUGUGGCGCCUUUUACUUUAAUCUAAUCGCUCCUUCUUGGUGGUUUACCUAUCGGACUUUUAGCACCUGAAAGAACCAUCUUGAAUGACUUCUCCUCAUUUUGUCCUCAAAUCAGAUUGCUUCUAGUUCCUCAAGAAGAGUUCAUUGUUCCAUCUCUAUUUUUCUAUUGCCAUCUGUUGUGAAAAUCAGAAGGAAUUCAAAGUAGAGGUUAUUAUCAUACCCCAAGCAUGAUGUCAAAUUUAGUUUGAUUAAAUGAGACUGAUUGGUUAUGCUCUUGAGGAAACCUGAUUCUAUCAUAUGCCCAACCUUUGAAUGGAACCAUCGUCUCUUCCCUUUUAACAUAUGUAAAGAGCCUGUUAAUAAGUUUAUCCCAUUUAGAACUGUAGUUAGCAACUUGAGUGAGUGCAGAGUUCCACCACCAGUUAGGAUUAAGACUAGGGCAGUUUUACGAAUGUGAAAAGUCAUAAUUUGUGGAACAAGUUGACCUGACAUCAAGAUAAGGAGAAGCAGCUAGUUUCCUGUUACAUUUGUGCAGCAGACCGCCAAAACUGGUUCAAAUUAAGAUUUCUGAAGUCCUAUCUGGAAAACAUUCCCACAAAACUAAUAAGGAGAGUCAACCAUUCCACCGUGUCCUUGACUUGCUCAUGCCUAUUUUCACAUAAAAAAAUGAACCUUAUCUCCCUUGCUUUUGUUCUUUAGGAAGUGAACUGCCUCUAAAAUAAACUAGUUUGUUAUCAGUGAUAUAACUUCCUGGGAGAGAGAUGCACUUAACCAUCAUUUUGAGGUAAUUGCCAUGUAAUACAACCUUACUGCUCCUGUAUUAUUUUUCUAGUUUCUUGGUCCUUGGAGUCAAAGAUAGUUAAUAUCUGUAAGUAAGUCACCUUUAGUUGUAGAAGAUGUGUUUUAGUGCACUAUAUAUAUGUAUAUAUAUUAAAUGUGAAUCUCGGUUAUGGAUUACACUUGGGGGGUGAAUAGGUGUCUUCUAAACUAAAGAGAUUGUUAACAAGCUAAGUCUAUCACUCCCCUAAUUUUUUUCCUGUUUUUGUCCUCUUAGUUUUUCAUCAAACAAUAGACAACACAAGCAAUGAUGAAACAAAAACACUCUCUCUAACAGUUUAAACAUGCAAAUGGGACAACACUCUCCCAAACAGUUUAAGCAACCAUUCAUCAAUAACAGUUGAUCUUUUUAACUCUCAUAGUUAUAAGAACAAAAACACUUAAGACUUUCAUCCACAGAAGUAAGUAUAUUCAGUCACAUGCAGUCCUUAGUCAUCCAACACUUCCAACAACCAAGACUUCCGACAUAGCCGACUAAAACCACAUUUGCGGCUAGAAUAUUCAGAGGUCCAAGUAAAAUUACGAGAUAAUGGGGAGAGAUGAGAGACAAAAAUGUUAGGAUUUAAUGUUUGGAAGAUCUCCAAAGAGGUCAAAAACCAUGGGCCUCCAACAAUCACAUGAUCCUCCAUAAAGAAAACAUUGAAUACAAGGUUUUAUUCAGUCCAAUUAUUCCAAUCAUCUCUCUGACUGCUUGUCUUGGGCUUUCUGAACUUCAGCUUCACUCUAUCUUGAGCACACUUGGAAUUAUCUAGUGCAAUCUCAGCCUCCUCUUGAUACCCCACAAAAAAGAUGAACCCAGAGAAGGAAUAGAAAGUAAAACUGAAUCUACUUUUUUUUGUCAGAGAAAUCCUCUCACUCAAAAGGGACUCUUUAUCAUGGAUGCCUCUCUCUUGGAAAGUUUGGUUUAAAUAGAGGUUGAAAGGAUCAAUCCAAAAACUCAGAUUUGAUCAGAAAAAAAAAAAAAAAAAAAAAAAUUAUAUGCCAACCAAUGGAACUUUGGGAUUUAUAUUUCAGACUAGCCCUUUUAGUUCUUAAGAUGGAUCAAUUGUACAGGAAGUUAGAACAAUUGCACAAUUAGCUAUUUGAAUGAUUUUUGAAGACAGAUGAUGCUUUGAACGUCCAAUAAAAUUUUAGCCACAACAUAUACAUUUGAUAUAUCCAGUUAGACCAAUUUUUAGACUCAUCUACAAUCCCAAACUGUUCACCAUUCCCUCUAGCUAUCCUCAAUGUCAGUCCAUGGAAGGAUUUCAAAGUACCGAGUUGAGAGAAUUCAAUGAAAUUCUGAGAGAAAAUAUAUAUGUGCAGCCAAAAAAAGGGUGCAACCUCAAUACACAAAAGCGUACAAAGAUCACAUUCUCCUCCGCUGUGAAAAGGCAAGGACUCUUUGGGUGUUGCUUUUAUCUAUGUUCGGGGUGCAGUGGGUGCUGCCAGCCACUGUUAAGGAGAUGCUUUUGGGGUGGAAUGGGACUUUUGUGGGAAAGAAGAGGAAGGGUGUUUGGAGAGCAAGUCCUUUGCGCCUCUUUUGGACGGUUUGGAAGGCAAGGAACAAAGUUGCUUUUGAGGAAGAAGAGUUGUCAAUUCAAAGGCUGAAGUUUUCUUUUGUUUAUUUUCUUUGGUCAAAGACGAAAUUGUCUAUAAAAGAUGGUUCUUCGACCUUAGUUGAUUUUGUUGGUUGGAUGGCAACCCGUUAAGGGUGUGGGUAGGGGAGCUCCUCUGGCCUUGGCGUUCAGCUAGGGUGUGAGGGGUGUUUUUCUUUCUUGUAAAUUUAAGCCACUGCUUUGAUGGUUUUUUAAUACAAUCUCUUUACUUACCAUAAAAAAAAAAAAAUACACGAAAGCGUACAAAGAACAACAGUAAACCAAAGAACAGAACAAAGAAAAAAAAAACCGAGAAGAGAGAGAAACUGUAAAGCCUAUUAGUAUACAAAAAUAUCAUUAUAUCAGAGACAAAAUU